AUGAACAGAGCCAUGCUUCUUAACCCGACCCGACCCGUUUGGCCCGGUUUCUCUUCUUCCAAAUCUCUAAGCGGCGAUGCCAACUGCAUGGAGCAGCUUCUCCUCCACUGUGCAAACGCCAUCGAAUCAGACGACGCCACGUUAGCUCAACAGAUCAUUUGGGUCCUCAAUAACCUCGCUUCCCCCGACGGCGACUCCACACAAAGACUCGCCUUCUCCUUCCUCCGAGCGUUGAUAUCACGCGCCGCAACCAAAUCCCCCGCAUUGGGGUUUCUCUCCGUCGCUGCUGCUUCCGUCUCCCGGAAAACGCUUCACCGGUUCUCGGUCAUAGAGCUCGCUGCGUUCGUCGACCUCACGCCAUGGCACCGUUUCGGAUUCAUCGCCGCCAACGCAGCAAUCCUCGACGCCGUCCAAGGUUACUCCUCCGUUCACAUCGUUGACUUAAGUUUGACUCAUUGCAUGCAAAUGCCUACGCUUAUCGACUCCAUGGCAACCAAACUCUACAAGGAACAACCUCCUCCGCUUCUUAAACUCACCGUCGUCGUCGACGAUUCUCCUCCGCCUCCAUUGCUCGGAAUCUCCUACGAAGAACUCGGGUCGAAGCUGGUAAACUUCGCAUCCACAAGGAACAUAGCAAUGGAGUUUAGAAUCGUUUCUUCAUCUUACUCCGACGGCCUCUCUUCUCUUAUCGAACAGCUACGAUUAUGCCCUUUCGUCUUCAACGAAGCUCUUGUUGUUAACUGCCACAUGAUGCUCCAUUACAUCCCCGACGAAACUCUAACUUGUUCAUGUCCUCCUCGGUCUGUUUUCCUGAAAGAGCUCAGAGAUUUAAACCCAACGAUUGUAACCUUAAUCGAAGAAGACGCAGAUUUCACAAUGACUAACUUCGUCUCCAGGUUGAGAUCUCUCUUCAACUAUAUGUGGAUCCCUUACGACACAGCCGACACGUUUUCGACACGUGGCAGCGAGCAAAGGCGAUGGUACGAGGCGGAUAUAGGUUGGAAGAUAGAUAACGUAGUGGCCAAGGAAGGUGCGGAGAGAGUUGAGAGAUUGGAGUCGAGGAGUCGGUGGUUGGAGCGAAUGAGAGAAGCUAAGUUCGCCGGAGUCGGGUUCGGGGAGGCGGCGGCGAUGGAGGUUAAAACGAUGCUGGAGGAACACGCCACCGGUUGGGGAAUGAAGAGAGAUGUUGAUGAUUAUCAUGACGUGGACAGUUUUGUGCUGACGUGGAAGGGACAUAGUGUUGUUUUUGCCUCAGCUUGGGUACCAAAAUAA